AACAAACAAAACUCACAAAUGUUUUGACAAAUCAAUCUACAUAAUUAACAACAUAUAACAUAUGUUAAGCAAUAACAAUAACAAUAAUCUAACAUGUUUUUUUUUAUUUCCUGUAAAAAAAACAUGUUAGGUUAUUGUUAUUGUUAUUGUUAUUACAUUUACAACAUUUGUAGUUAAUCAAUUAGGAGAAUAUAUGCUAGUUAAUUACUUGUUUUGUAAAUUGGAAAGGAAGAUAUAUAGCUAGAUUUGAUCAAUAUUAAUCAUAUCAUCAUAUAGAGAAAAUCAUGUCUCGUUUGGAUAAAAAGCUUGGUGCAGGACGUGUGGUGGCUGUGGCAAUUGAGAAUAAUAAAACAAGCCAACAAGCUGUCAAAUGGGCUGUUGAAAAUCUUCUUCCCAAAGAUCAAUGUCUCUUUCUUAUCCAUGUUAAACAUAAAACCAAUUCUGCCACUUCCAUACCAAGCAAUGGAGAUGUGAAUGAAGAUGUCAUGGAUAGCGAAUCCAAAGAUCUUUUUGAUUCAUUUCGUGUCUUCUGCAAUAGAAAAAAUAUACAAUGCCAAGAAAUAUUGUUGGAGGAAACAGAUAUAUCAAAGGCAUUAAUAGAGUGCAUUUCAAUUCAUGCUAUCGAGCUUCUUGUAUUAGGGGCAGCAUCAAAGGGUGGUCUUGUUAGAAGAUUUAGGACAACUGAUGUUCCAACCACAGUUUCAAAAGCAGCACCACCAUUCUGCACAGUAUAUAUAAUAUCUAAAGGAAAAAUCUCAAGUGUCAGAUCAGCAACAACUCAAAUUCCAAAAUCAGCAUCAGCAACAAUGAUAGCACCACCAACACCAUCACGUAGUCACCAAUUCCAACAACCACAUGCAAUGCCAACUCGAAGUCCCGAAAGACUAGAACCCCAAUUGACACGUAACUAUCCACCACGACCUACAUCAGAGAGGAAUACAACAUAUGGCAUGAGCCUGGAUGAUGAACAAGAAAUGAUAUCACCAUUCAACAGGAGAGGACACAAAGCAUACGAGUCAUCGAUUCCUGAUUCAGAUAUAUCAUUUGUGAGCAGUGGAAGACCAAGUAUUGAUCGAAUAUUCCCUUCAUUGCAUAACAUUGAUGAUAUAGACACUACUAGUAUUGGUAGUGGAAUUCCCACUAGUAGGCUUUCGAGCGGCUCUGAUUUUGAUGCGAGAAGCAGCUUUGCUUCAUCCUCUUCUGGGGGAGGAGGAGGACAAAACUCAAUUGACUUGUCCUCUCCUAUGGAUAACUAUUCAUUCGGGUCUCAAAACAGUUCUGGUCCUAAUUCCUCAUCAAGGUCAUCUGACGCUGCCGAUGAAGUCGAAGCAGAGAUGAGGAGGCUCAAGCUUGAACUCAAACAGACAAUGGAAAUGUACAGUUCAGCUUGCAAGGAAGCACUCACAGCAAAGCAGAAGGCAAUGGAACUUCAACGUUGGAAAUCCGAAGAAGUAAAGAGGUUGGAAGAGGCAAGAGAAGGUGAAGGAGCAGCUAUGGCUAUGGUAGAGUUGGAGCAAGAAAAAUGUAAAGCUGCACUCAAAGCAGCUGAAGCAUCUCAAAGAAUUGCAACAUUGGAAGCACAAAAACGAAUGAAUGUAGAGAGAAAAGGCGAAAUAGAAGCAAGUCAGAGGAAGAAGGCAGAAGAUUCUUAUAGUCCAGCACAUCACACCAGUGCGAGAUAUAGAAGAUACAGUAUUGAGGAAAUUGAAGAGGCAACAAAUCAAUUUUCAGAUAGUCUCAAAAUUGGUGAAGGAGGGUAUGGUCCUGUUUAUAGAUGUGAACUUGAUCAUACACAGGUUGCUAUCAAAGUGUUGAAAUCAGAUGCAGCUCAAGGAAGGGCACAAUUUAACCAGGAAAUUGAAGUGUUGAGUUGUAUAAGACAUCCAAACAUGGUGCUUCUGUUAGGAGCAUGUCCUGAAUAUGGCUGCAUAGUGUAUGAGUACAUGGCUAAUGGAAGUUUGGAGGAUUGUUUGUUCAGAAAAGAUAAGAGACCACCUCUUCCUUGGCAGUUGAGAUUUCAAAUUGCUGCUGAGAUAGCUACUGGACUCCUUUUCCUUCACCAGAAUAAACCAGAACCGAUUGUGCACCGUGACUUAAAACCUGGAAACAUUUUGCUUGACCGGAAUUAUGUGAGCAAGAUUGGUGAUGUUGGUUUGGCAAGGCUUGUUCCUCCUUCUGUUCAAGACACCGUCACACAAUAUUACAUGACGUCAACUGCUGGAACUUUUUGUUAUAUUGACCCUGAGUACCAACAAACCGGCAUGCUUGGUAUCAAAUCUGAUAUUUACUCACUUGGAAUAAUGCUUUUACAAAUUGUUACUGCCAAACCUCCGAUGGGUUUGACUCAUCACAUUGGUAGAUCUAUUGACAAGGGAACUUUUCGUGACAUGCUUGAUCCUGCUGUUCAAGACUGGCCUAUUGAACACGCAUUGCAUUUCACUAAACUUGCCCUUCAAUGUGCUGAAAUGAGGAGAAAAGAUAGACCUGAUCUUGGAAAAGUUGUGCUUCCUGAGCUCAACAAGCUUAGAAUAUUUGCCGAAGAAAACAUGCCUAUGAUGAUGUUUAGAGGUGGUGGUGCAGUAGCAUUCAAUCCCAGAGUUAGCAGCAACUAUUUUAUCAACUCCACAUCUUCUACCAAUGAAGACAUUAUGAGUGAAUCCAAUUCUUUGUCGUCUGGCAUCUCCGGAUAUGAAAGCCGUUCAAGCACAUCGUCACUGGGGUGAUUGUAAUGGUCAGAGAAUAGUUAUUUAAAGAUUUCCUUUUGUUAGUUUGACAACUUCACAUCAUGAAACCACAUGCAAGUCAAGUUUAAGGUUACCUACCAUGCAUAUGGAUGCAUGAUGCACCUUUGACGAAAUUAAGUUUCCAAUGCAAAAUUUGUAAUUCUCAAUUUCAAAAGGAUAAUAUUCUUGUGACAUGAAUUUUGUCUGUAAAUGAAAUCCAAUUUCCAUUAUAUAGUAAGUCACGUAAAAGUAAAAAUUUGUCAUAUGCUUCUAUCGAUCUAAUUCUAUACAGUAAUACUCCCACCGGUCUCAUAUAUAUAUAUAUAACAUUAUUUCACACCCUAAUCAAAUGUACUAAUAUAUAUGGA